ACUGUGACGUGGCGGACGUGACUCGCCACUGAAUAAAGUCACUGCCCCUUUUUAAUCUGGUUGCUUGGACUAACAUCAUUUAUCUCUUCAUUUCAUCUAAUUUUUUACUGCACUACUUCUUUUGGUGUUUACUCGAGUUUCGACUGUUGGUUCACGAUGUUAAGCUCAUAGAACUCUUUAUGAACAUCAGCCUUCCUGCCCUAUGCUGCCUUAUUACAACCCGGACAAUAUCGUUUUUGACCGGAGCACCAUUUUCACCAUUGAUUUGCCUUUCUGGGUUUUGCACCCUCAAAUGGGGUAAAAUUCGGAAAAUGACGAACAAAUAUUCUACAGAGAAGCGUCUAGAUCGGUUGCAGAUUCUUUUGACUGACGUGUGCACUCUUCUGUUGCUAAAAAUCUCUCCAUUCUUGAGUUUUUUCACGACCAUUUACUUUACUGGGAUCAAACAAGACUUGCUGCAUUACUCCAUCGAACUAGUCCUUUUGACAUGUGGGACGCAAUUUCUUUCUCUUUCUCUCUAUACCACCAGAUCGCACGCUAAGCAAGUUCUUCACAAGCAAUUGGCUUUUAUCUCAUUAUCGUGUGCCAUCUUGAUCUUGCUUCGGCAUGUGGAUUUAUGGGCUCUAAAGCAUACCCAACCGUUGGAAUUAUCAUGGAUCCUGAUCAACAUUUUCGCAUUUAUGUGUGUUUUGGCUACUCUCUGGCUACAGUCCCGCACAUCCUCUCCACGUAGCUCCCAUUAUCAGUGUCUAUCCUUCUUCUUCGGGGCCACUGUGAUCGCCUCAUCAGUUAUUGCCUCCUUACGAUUCCCGAGGAUUAACAGCAUAUUCCCAUGGCGCGGCCCACAUGACUGUUUUUUCGGUUGGAACGUAGUGGUGUGUGUCACGUGCUCUGUGUUCCCACUGGUUUUCUACCGACAUCUCGACGAAGGCGUCGUACAAAUCCUUUUGGAGUUCUUUUUUCUGGCGUUUUACCUGGCCGAAUGGAACUUAUUCCAGUCCCUUCUACUGGGAGAACUAAUGUUCCUGGGUUCCAGCGCACUUCUGUUUCUAUUGCUGCUGGGGUACUACCUGCUUGGUGAUAUCCGCGUUCCAAACAAACGCUUUCCACAUCCACGAUGUUUUUUAUCACGUGAUUUUCUUAUCACCUGCCUCGUCUCCCCUGCUAUGACCAAAUUAGUUCUGGUGAGCUUUCACCUCAUUCAAGCUACACCUGACUCCUCUCACUUGAUGACGUUUGCGGCGAUUCGAUCGUCUAGCUUCCGAAUCCGUUGCGACAGUAUAUCCAUUUUCGGAAUCUACCUUACCUUCUUCGGAUUGCUCUGCGGAGCGCGCAUAAUGAACUGCUUCUGGCACUUUGCUUCUCUUGUUUGUAAAUUUGGAAUCUCUUCCUCCCUAGCGGCUUCAAGCUACCUAACUGCUGUGCUGAAAGUGCUCGGUCUUGCCGUUUUCAUGUAUUGCUCCCUCGAUCUGUUCUGGUCCAUGUUUGUCCAAGUUCUCUUUGGUUGGUCAACAUCCAGUCGGCUACUUCAAUUGCCUAUUACAAUGUUACUGACAGGUCUUUCCAUAUUGUUCUCCCACUGGUCCACCCUAUCUGACGUACCCCACACCUUGGAUACUUCUGUCUCUUUGUCGGUUGCACACGGCCUCAUCUUCCUUGGUUCCUUUCUUCUGUGCGCGGUUAUUCUACUUGGUCACUUUUUUAACGUCACCUUGAGUCUUCUCGCCGGCCUCACUGCGAUUCCCAUCAUGACAACACUUUUGAUCUCAUUUCUUUAUGGAUUGGCUUGCUUUCAAUUGAUCAGUCUAAACGGUUCAUUCCUCAACACUCUAUUCCCGUCCGUCUUUUCUGGUGCGUUUGGUGGUUGCGCUAUUUGUGCACUGCUUUUACACAUUUUCCAAACCACCAUGGAUUAUUGGCUUCUGUUCUUCACGAUCGUCUAUGCGACAUGCGCCUCACAGCUUUGGUGUGAACCACAGCUCCAACACGGUGGCAUACCUGUUGCCCCUAGUCGAUUCCCAAUGGAUCGAUUUGCAGAUAAUGCUCUUGAACCAAAUAAGACCGCUUUAGUACUCACCACACGCGUUCGCGUUCGUUUAAAACUCAUCUUCCUUCUUUUGGGGUCAUUGAGUGUUGGCCUCGCGCUGCUACUGCAGUUCUCUCGAAUCGACAAGACUGUUUAUCCCAAGACUUCGGUCGCACCUUUUUUGGCCGUCGCCAUUUUCCUCCUGGGCCAGCUCUCUACUGGCCGUCUCCAGCGCAUCCUCAUGGAUUCUCCACAGCGCAGUCGCCACAUGCACAGCUCCCGUUCUGAGAACUGUUCGAAGCCUCAUCUCACCAACCAACUUGCGUUUGAAUCGGGGAAUAGCAAACAAUACAUUGAGCACCUACUCCUCAUGAUGGCUGUCAACUGCUCUGUUUUUCUAUGCAUCAGCUUCCUGUUUUACGGACUCUCACUAAGUUUCACUGACAUGCGGGUUCUAUUUUUACCGUGGCUCCUCUUCGGUUUAGUUUGUCCAUCCACAAUGAAGGCCACUGUUUUCCCACUAUGUGGUUUCACUAUCACCGUGCUCGUCUGCCUGUUCACCCAAUCCCAUUUCAUGGCUGCUUAUCGCCCUCCGCUGCCCACGUUCACACGUCAAUGGUUUCGUCCCUCCUACUCUCCUUGGUUACUUUGGAGUGAGCUCCCUCUAACACUCGCAUUGAUUCCGGUGCAUUUCGUGUUCCUAUCACACCAUGCAUGCGUGUCCCCGCCACACCUACUCCACUGUGCUCUGAGCACCAUCGGAUACGGCACUUCCGGUUGGGUAGAUUGGCUGGCUCACUGUAUUAGUAUUGUAUGUGCUUUUGUUCUUUGGUCCACCUACGGACUCACUUUGUGUUGCCUCGCUUAUCUGCUUCUAGCCAGUUCUGCAGCCUCGGCUGUUUUUGGCCUUUACAGUUUCGUGUUAUGUUGCUAUCUUCUCCUUUGGGUAGAUAUUAGGACAAAUCCCGCAGAACGUUUUCAAUUAUAAGGUAUUCAACACAUCGCGACCUGUGCUUUUGGUCCCAUCUCGCAUUUAUUUACUUUUCGUGCAAUAAUGAUGGUGCUAGCGGUGAUGAUAGUAAUAUAUUGGUUACUGAAGUC